UUGCCGGGGCUGUUGCUCUGCCGGCGGCGCAGCGCGGCGUCGAGGGUGGCCCCCUGCUGAUCCAGCGCGAUAUGGAGGGAGCCCGCCGACGGCAGCUGGGGCACCUCUUUCGCGGCCUCGACGCCCUGUGGGCCAUGAGGCUCCGGCGCAGCAUCGCCGACGACGACGAGCGCCAGCGGAAUCUGCUCUCGCGCGCUGGCCGGCUCGAGGACGCGGGCGAGGAAGUGCGGGAGUGCGGCGAGGUGCUCGGCCGGCGCGCUGCGCACGCUUUGGCGCGCCCCAGGAACGCCACACGGCUGCGGGUUCAUACCAGGGCCGCGCGCGGUCUCGAGGAAAACCUUUGCUCGGCGGCCGACUUCGUCGACUUGGAACGGUGGAUGCCUGAGCUCUACUGGACGCUGCUGGACGGCACGAUCCGGGAUGCUGUCAUGGAACUCGUCAUCGCCUUCUCUGCCAGGGCCGAGCCCUGGUGGCUGGACGUCCCCGUCCGGUCGCCCAUCAAUCCCUCGCUGGCUGACACUGGCCGCGCCCCCGGAGCCGCCGCUGCAUCUGGCGGCCGGGCCAAGGCGACGCGCUUCGGCGAGCAGAUGCGCAGCAUCGCCGUCGAGGCGGGCGGGCGCCUCAGCGCUGGCGCCGCCGCGGCGCUCGUGGAGCUCGCGGCCGCUUCGCAG